AAACAGGCUGGAGUGAGCGGAGCGGCAACGGCGGCGGCGCCGGCCCGCACGCGCGCGGCGGCGGCUCCCUCCCAACCUCCCCCUCCCCUUCCCUCACUCCCCUUCCCCUUCCCCACCCCGCCCCGCCGGGAAAACGCGAGCCGUCGCCGCGCUCCCCAAACCGCCGCCUGCCCUCGGCCAAACGCCCCCCAACGGCCGGCCGCCCGCGCGCGGCUUCCCGGGCUCCCGUCGCUCCUCCCCUCGGGCCCCGGCGAGUGUCGUGGGAGCUUCCCUCCCGCCGCUCCGCGCUCCCCCGCCUCGCAGGCACGCCGCCGGCCGGGCCGCCAUGGCCCAGCCACAGGCCGUCCACGGGCCUAGGCGCGGCGGCCCGAGAUAGGGUCCCCCCGGCCUCCCGGGGGAGGAGGGAGGCGGCGAGCCGCGCGCUCCGCCCCCUCCCCCCGGGCUGUCGCCGCCGCCGCCGCCGCCGCCGCCGCCGCCGCCGCCGCCGCCGCCUCAGCCUGGCGGGGAGGAGGAGGAGGAGGAGCAGCAGGCCUCCGGGCCCCGGCGCCGCCGCCCGCAGGACCUGUCUGAUUUAUUUACAUCUUUGAAGAGCAUCUGUAGAAGAGGAAGGAAAAGAUGGGUGUGAAAACAUUUACUCAUAACUCCUCUUCUCACAGCCAGGAAAUGCUUGGAAAGCUAAAUAUGCUGCGAAAUGAUGGACAUUUCUGUGAUAUCACUAUUCGUGUCCAGGACAAAGUCUUCCGGGCACAUAAGGUGGUACUAGCAGCUUGCAGUGAUUUUUUUCGCACCAAACUUGUAGGCCAAGCAGAGGAUGAGAACAAGAAUGUGUUGGAUUUGCAUCAUGUUACAGUGACUGGCUUUAUCCCCCUUUUAGAAUAUGCUUACACAGCCACUCUGUCAAUUAACACAGAAAACAUCAUUGAUGUUUUAGCUGCAGCCAGCUACAUGCAAAUGUUUAGUGUUGCCAGUACCUGCUCAGAGUUCAUGAAAUCAAGCAUUUUAUGGAAUACACCUAAUAACCAGCCAGAAAAAGGCUUGGAUGCUGGGCCAGAAAAUAACUCUAACUGCAAUUUUACUUCACGAGAUGGAAGCAUUUCUCCGGUGUCUUCAGAAUGCAGUGUGGUGGAAAGAACCAUCCCUGUCUGUAGAGAGUCCCGCAGAAAGCGCAAAAGCUACGUUGUUAUGUCUCCUGAAAGUCCUGUAAAAUGUAGCACACAAACAAAUUCUCCCCAGGUGUUGAAUUCUUCAGCUUCUUACACAGAAAACAGAAAUCAGCCUGUUGACUCUUCGCUAGCUUUCCCCUGGACUUUUCCUUUUGGAAUUGAUCGAAGGAUUCAGCCCGAUAAGGUUAAGCAGGCAGAAAAUACCCGAACUUUAGAACUCCCCGGCCCAUCUGAAACAGGUAGAAGAAUGGCUGAUUACGUGACUUGUGAGAGCACAAAAACUACCUUGCCUCUGAGCACUGAAGAAGAUGUCCAGGUCAAAGUAGAAAGGUUAAGCGAUGAGGAGGUCCACGAGGAAGUGUCCCAGCCUGUCAGUGCAUCUCAGAGUUCACUGAGUGAUCAACAGACAGUUCCAGGAAGUGAGCCAGUCCAAGAAGACCUUCUGAUUAGUCCACAGUCUUCCUCUAUAGGCUCAGUAGACGAAGGCGUCACGGAAGGGCUGCCUGCACUUCAAAGUACUUCAAGCACUAAUGCUCAUGCAGACGAUGAUGAUCGAUUGGAAAAUGUUCAGUAUCCAUACCAACUCUACAUUGCUCCUUCUACCAGCAGUACAGAACGCCCAAGCCCAAAUGGUCCCGAUAGGCCUUUUCAGUGUCCAACUUGUGGGGUACGAUUCACCCGUAUUCAGAACCUAAAACAGCACAUGCUCAUCCACUCAGGAAUUAAACCAUUUCAGUGUGACCGCUGUGGGAAAAAGUUCACCAGGGCUUACUCGCUAAAGAUGCAUCGCCUAAAGCAUGAAGGUAAACGCUGUUUCCGGUGCCAGAUAUGUAGUGCCACUUUCACUUCCUUCGGGGAAUAUAAACACCACAUGAGGGUUUCCCGGCACAUUAUCCGCAAGCCUCGGAUUUACGAGUGCAAAACAUGUGGCGCCAUGUUCACCAACUCUGGAAAUUUAAUCGUGCACCUGAGAAGUCUGAACCAUGAAGCGUCAGAGCUAGCAAACUACUUCCAGAGCAGUGAUUUCUUAGUGCCGGAUUACUUAAACCAGGAACAAGAGGAGACCCUUGUUCAGUAUGACCUUGGAGAACACAGUUUUGAAAGCAACUCCUCUGUUCAAAUGCCUGUGAUUUCACAGGUCUCCUCAACCCAGAAUUGUGAAAGCACUUUCCCCUUGGGGUCUCUUGGUGGGCUGGCAGAAAAAGAGGAAGAAAUGCCAGAACAGCCAAAGACCAGUGCUUGUGCUGAAGCAACCAGAGAUGAUCCCCCCAAAUCAGAGCUGUCUUCUAUAACUAUUGAGUAAUUUUAUGUUUGGGCUUUUUUGGGGGGUUAGGGGUUUUGGAAAGUGCCUGUGCUUGGUCUUGUACAUUUAAAUUUGAUUUUUGAACAAAAAGGGUUUGGAAAAGAAUCUCCCUUUUUACUUUGUAAGCCCUGAAACUGACACUGUAUUUUUCAUGAGUGAGGGAUUACUUUUCAAUGCACAAUUAACAUGAUGUUGAAACAUAAUGCAAACCGUAAGAUUUAAGGAGAACCAGUUGACUUUAAACAUUUAUUAAUUUCUUCUUCUACUGGUAAAAUUAUGCUAACAGAUCAUUACAGAAAGAAGAAAUUAUUAUUAUUAACCUUCCCAAGAUGAAAGGGCAUACCAGAAGCUAAAGAGAGCUUAGCAAGUAGCCUGAAUAGAUGUUUGCUCCUUGACACAGGACAUUGUACAAUAUUUUUAAAAAUCCUGUUUUAUGGAAGUAUUUGUAGUAAGAUUUAUAAAAAAAAAAAAAAAUUAUUAGGGUAAAUGCUUCUGAAGUCCAGUGUACUCUUUUCUAUUUAAAGCCUUUUAUUUUUGUCAUGAUUCUUCAUGGUGAGAAUUUGGGAUAGGCAUUCCCUGUACCUUUGUAGUGCCACUUCUCCAAACACUUUUCUUCUACGAAAGAAUGCAAAGAACCUUGGUUGAAAAUAGUCAAGCUGUGCAUGAAAUGACCAGAAAUGGAGAAUUAAGUAUGUAUAUCCUAACAUUGAGAUAAUUCUUUCUUUAAUAGCUGCCUUUCUGGUUAAAACUGUUGUUUACCUGGCCAGUUGUUGACUGUUAGUGUCUAACUAAUUAGCUUAUUGCCUAAAUUAAUUUUCCUCUUGCCCCAUGUUACAUAUGCUGGCCGGUGUGUUACCAUAUAAAGAAAAAAAUAUUGGAGAUGGUCUAUAUUUUAUAUAUAGAUUUAUGGAUUGUUGGGUAUGUUUCUAUUGUGCUGUUUUGGACAUAAUAAAGAAUUCUUUGUUAGGCUAUGUUCUUAGCCCAAAUAAGAUUGUUUACAAAAUCCCAUAUGACAGCUAUACAUUGUCCUUGUUCCAAGGUAUUUUUAGACAUUGUCACAUUAUCAACAGCAGCUAGUAUAGUUUCUACAGAAUGUAAGCAAUAAUAUAAAAGAUGAAGAGGCUGUAAAAUGAUAGCCUAUGACUUUUAAGUUUAAGAACAAAAGAAUUAAGAUUAAAGAAAUGCUAAAAACCCUUAAUGAAUAUCAUCUCUUUUGCUGCUAAAGAAAUUACACUCUCUGGUUUAUAAUUGAAGAGUAGACUUUUAGUUUGGUGCCAUGAAAGUGCCGUCGACCUUGACCCUGUAUCCCUAUUUGUUCAUGAACAAUGAACUUUUUUUUUUCUUCCCAUCACUGAGGCUUUACUACUGCAGAUAGAAAUAGAGGUGGGAAGGACACAGCACUGAAGCUUUCCCUAGUGUCGUAGUGCUUCAGUGGUUUACCUGGCGAUUGGAACCUGGGUUGCACACAUGGCAAAGCAGCUCCUAAACUUUGGACUUUUAAGUUUUUGUCUAUAUAUCUAUAUACCCAAAGCUUAAUGAUAAUGAAGUACCUGAUUAGAUUAAGACAAUUUGUUUUAUUUAAAAACGUAAACAUACAAUCUGAAUUUUACCUAGGUACUAGACCUUGAUAAUAAAAUAAUGUUAAGUUAUAGA